ACUUGCACCCAAAACAUUCUGGUAUUAAUACAGUGAUAAAAUAAGUAAAUACAUUUUAUGAAGGUUGUUCCUUCUUCCAGCUCACAGAGGGUUCAAAAAAACAUUCAAUAAUAAAUGCUGAAUAUGUUCAUUGUGCUUGUGUUGACAGACCUUUGCACUAAUUGGCUGAGGGCUUCAUUUACACACAUGACAUUUGGUAAGUUUAAAUAUUAAGAACAUACUCUAUCUGCUAUAGUUUUCUCUCUCAAAGUGAGAACUGAUCUUCCUCUGGCAGCUCAUUUUUUCUGGAUACCAAAAUUAAAGUUUUUUAUUUCCUAUAAGGAAUUCAUUAGUCUAUGGUUCUCAAUGAAUCAGAAUGGGGAAAUGUAUCUUUCUAAACUUGUUGCUCGAAUACGUUUUCCAUCUAUUUAAAACUUGACUUAGAUUUAAUUUCAAAAUAGUAGCGUGUGUUAAAAGACCAACUUGAGUCUGACCUAAGAAUGUUUUAAAACAACCUAGUUUUGUUCCACUGACAAGCUGAGUAACUCUUUUGUCCCCAAGGGAGGUAAUGUUUACUGAAUGCUUACCGGUCAUCUGGUAACCGGCAAUGUCCCCUUGCAUAACUGUACAAUUGGCUUUCUCCACCUUUGUUCUCCUUAAACAUGAAGUCAUUGAAGUGCACGGGGAGACAAGAAGAAGUCGACGAGAGGAGACAAUCAUAACAAGACUCAGAUUUGAACAUACCGGACUUAAUACUACACUAUUCAAAAUAGGAAAACAAAACUCAGGAAACUGUGACAAUUACGGACAGGAUGAAACAAUAGAACACAUCAUAGUAUACUGUCAAAAAAUAUAGGACCGAGAGAAAACGACAUGCCAAAUGGAGCAGCAAGAAAUUCAGCCAUCCGCUUCGUCGUUUAAGUCGAGUGUCCCGGGCUCAUCAUACUCCAUCACCCAGAGUCGAAGAGGAGAAGCGGGGACCGACACCAGCAGCCGACCGACCCCUUCGCUACUUUAGCAAACUUUCCAGCCAACUCGAGUCAGGUAUGGCUGCAGCCCUGGAGCCUCCCGUCUCCCGUCUUUGGAAGUAUUUUAUUCAUUAGCAUGAUUAGCUACGAGGAAGUAGAGGACCAGACGCAAGCUUUUACAUUGCACGAGACAGGAGUCUCCAGGCUGCAGCCAUAGUCUUAACGGGCAAAAAAAAUCACAAAAUCCAUCGCCUGUUUUUAAUCUCAAGUGUCCUGCGCCCCUACAGCGGAGUCGCUAUUUUAUUUAUGUUGCAUUACACUUUAUCUGGAUCCGUUUUUGAGUUGCCUCAUAGCAAAAUGCUGAGUGAUUUUAAGUUGGGCGUUUAUUGUGAAGGGCAGAACGGAAGAAGGGAGCGGAUGCGCUGUAGUGUGUUUUUUGUAUAAAUGAUUCAGUACAGGGGCAACAACUGCAUCCGCAGCUUCUGAUUGGAAGCCACCAAAUGACGUCAACGGAAGUUAUGUUCUCCUCCAGAGCGGGAAGAUAUCACCGCUGCUACACAUGUCAACAACCGGCUCCUUACUGACGCCGACACACCUGCUAUCGCAAGAUUCUGUCAUAGUGAGGCUUUAACACGCAUUAACUCCGACAGUGGGAUUUGCGGUCACAGUUUGUCUUCAGGGCGGUUGAUAUAUAAGACAUCAGGAGUCAUGCAGGCCUUUUUGAAAGGAGCAACCAUUCAGUCUGCCAGACCCCAGAAAGACAAGGCAGCAGCGGGGCCAAGUGCUGAGAAGAAAGCCAAGGCUAUUCCUUGGGUAGAAAAAUACAGGCCUAAGUCUGUUGAUGAGGUGGCUUUUCAGGAGGAGGUGGUGGCAGUGCUGAAGAAGUCGCUGGAAGGAGCAGAUCUUCCCAACUUGCUUUUCUAUGGCCCUCCUGGAACAGGAAAGACCUCUACCAUCUUAGCUGCUGCCAGAGAACUUUAUGGUCCAGAGCUGUACAGAAAGCGGGUGCUGGAGCUCAACGCCUCCGAUGAGCGAGGCAUCCAGGUUGUCAGAGAGAAGGUUAAGAAUUUUGCUCAGCUCACCGUAGCUGGGACUCGGCCAGAUGGGAAGCCAUGUCCUCCUUUUAAGAUCAUCAUCCUGGAUGAGGCAGACUCCAUGACAGCACCGGCCCAAGCCGCUCUUAGACGGACCAUGGAGAAGGAAUCGCGCACCACCCGCUUCUGCCUCAUCUGUAACUACAUUAGCAGGAUUAUUGAGCCUCUGACCUCCAGGUGUUCUAAGUUUCGUUUCAAACCUCUAGCCAACCAGAUCCAAGAAGAGCGUCUUCUGGCAAUCUGUGAUAAGGAGACCCUCAAGUACACCAAAGAGAGUAUAGCAGCAUUGGUGAGGGUGUCUGAGGGAGACCUGCGGAAAGCAAUCACCUUCCUCCAGAGCGCUGCGCGCCUCAGUGUCGAGAAAGAGAUCACAGAGCAUGCUGUCAUUGAAAUAGCUGGGGUCGUCCCUCCCAGGAUGAUUGACAACUUGCUCCAGAUCUGCUUCAAAGGAACAUUUGAGAAACUAGAGGUCGCCAUCAGGAACAUGGUGGAUGAAGGCUAUGCAGCCAUACAGAUCCUGAGUCAGCUACAUGAGUCUAUCAUAGAGCAGGACCUGAGCGACAAGCAGAAGUCAGCUAUCACAGAGAAGAUGGCGGUUGUGGGUAAGUGCCUGUCAGAUGGUGCAGAUGAGUACCUGCAGAUGCUGAGUCUCUGUUCAGUCAUCAUGCAACAGUCGUCCAAGAACAACUAAAUCUCCACAAAGCAGCGUCUCCAGCUUUGGAACAUAACUGUCACUUACUUCCACCUGGACCAAUGACCACAUUGAGACAUGAAUGCUUCUCUCACAUUAGACUGAGCUUUUUCAGUUUGGGUUAUCAUGUCUGCCAGUGGAUACCAGAUGAUAGUGUUGGUGUUUACUGUCACAAACUCCACUCUACUUACUGUCUCCCUCCACUUUACAGUGAGGACUUCAAUAAAUAUACAAGAAAUCAGAUUUCACGGUUUUCACUGGUAUACAUCCAGAUGUCUCUGUAUUCCGUUUAAUUCAUGUAAGUACUUUUCCAACAGAUCUUCAUACAUUUUGAAUUUUGUAAUAAAUACUUUUCUACACUUG